UGCAUCGCUCCGCCGAGCAGCAAGCACUCUGCAGUCUGCACUCCCAGCCCAGUCCUCGUCGCGGCGUCCCCGAGCUUCUCUCUCGUAGUCUCAUCCACUCCCCCGACCCGCCGCCCGCUCGAUCGCGACCUAACGGCAGCGAUGCACCCCCGCGCCGCCUCAGGCGCCACCGGGAAGUCGACCGCGCCGUACGGGUCCUGGGAGUCGCCGAUCAGCGCCGCUGUCGUCUCCGCCGCCGGGAGGACCGCCGAGGGGUUCGCCAUCGCCGGCGACGGCCGGCUCGUCUGGGUGGAGACGCGCCCCGAGGAUGGAGGGCGCGCGGUCCUCGUGAAGGAAGCGGCAGAACCAGGCGGCAAGGCUCUUGAUGUGACUCCGCAGGGGUUCGCGGUGCGGUCCUUGGCGCAGGAGUACGGUGGCGGGGCAUUCGCGGUGCAAGGGGAUACCGUUGUGUUCUCUAACUACACUGACCAGCGUCUGUACAAGCAAACAAUCGGAGAUAAUUCACCACUACCGCUGACACCAGAUUAUGCUGGAUCAGUAGUACGCUAUGCUGAUGGUGUCUUUGAUCCCCAUUUCCAUCGUUUCGUAACUAUAAUGGAAGAUUAUCGGCACAAUAGCUCAAAUCCCAUCACUACAAUCGUUGCUGUAAGAAUAAGUGAUCAUGAUGUCAAAGAAUCUACUAUGCUGGUCAGUGGCAAUGACUUUUAUGCCUUCCCACGUAUUGAUCCAACUAAAAAACGUAUGGCAUGGAUUGAGUGGAGUAACCCAAACAUGUCCUGGGACAAAUCGCAGUUAUGGGUUGGGUAUUUCAAUGAGAAAGGAGAGAUAAAAGAAAAGAUCUGCAUUGCUGGUGGAGACCCAACAAUAGUAGAAUCUCCUACUGAACCCAAGUGGUCUUCAAAAGGGGAGUUGUUCUUCAUAACCGAUCGAAGGAGUGGGUUUUGGAAUAUUUGUAAAUGGGAUGAGCAGAGCAAUGCGGUAACACCUCUGUAUUCACUUGAUGCUGAAUUCUCCAAGCCCAUGUGGAUUUUUGGUGUCAGCUCCUAUGAUUUCCUUGGAAUAGAUGAUACAAGUCACAAAAUCGUUUGCUGUUACAGGCAGAAUGGAAAGUCAUAUGUCGGGGUGCUUGACCACAAUUCCGAGUCCUUUUCGAAAAUCGAUAUUCCCUUCUCUUCUGUAACUAACAUAGUGGUGUCUGGAGAUGGAUCCUUCUAUAUUGAGGGUGCAUCUGCUACUCUUCCAGUAUCAAUAGCAAAGGUGACACUUGAUAAAAAGAGAACUAUGGCAACUGAUUUCUCUAUUGUUUGGUCCUCCUCAGAGGAUGUUUCACAAUAUGAAUCAUACUUCAGCUUGCCUGAAUUUGUGGAGUUUCCAACUGUGGUCAAUGGUCAGCAUGCAUAUGCUUAUUUUUAUGCUCCAUAUAAUAAUGUUUUCCAAGGUUUAUCAGACGAAAAGCCUCCCCUACUUGUCAGAACUCAUGGUGGACCCACAGAUGAAGCACGAGGGAUUCUGGAUCUUAGUGUGCAGUACUGGACAAGCCGAGGAUGGGCAUUUGUUGAUGUUAACUAUGGGGGAAGCUCAGGUUAUGGAAGAGAAUUUCGAGAGAGACUUUUAGCACAAUGGGGUGUUGUUGAUGUAAAUGAUUGCUGCAGUUGUGCUGCAUUCCUGGUGGAAACUGGAAGAGUGGAUGGGCAGCGGCUUUGUGUAACUGGAGAAUCUGCUGGUGGAUUCACAACUUUAGCCUGCCUUGCUUUCAGACAAACCUUCAAGGCUGGUUCGUCUUUAUAUGGGAUAGCUGAUCUAGCAUCCUUGAGGGCAGGAAUGCACAAGUUUGAAGCAUACUACAUUGAUAACCUUGUGGGGAAUAAACAAGCUUACUUUGAGAGAUCUCCAAUAAACUCUGUCGAAAACUUUUCAUGUCCAGUGAUUUUGUUUCAAGGGUUGGAAGACACGGUUGUAUCACCAGAUCAGGCAACAAAAAUAUACAAGGCCAUAAAGGACAAGGGCCUUCCCGUUGCUUUGGUUGAGUACGAAGGGGAACAACAUGGUUUCCGCAAGGCUGAGAACAUCAAAUUUACCUUGGAGCAGGAGAUGGUGUUCCUGGCAAGAUUAGUGGGAAAGUUCAAGGUGGCUGAUGACAUAACUCCAAUCAAGAUUGAAAACUUUGAUUAGUCCUUGUAAACGUUUCAAACGGCACCAGUCCUUAUUUUCUGUUUACCUGCUAUCAACUGCUGAACUGAUCAGCUUAGAUGCAACUUGGUGCACCUCUUGGGCAGAUUUGCCCAGCUGUUCUUUCAAUUGAAAUAUUUGUCUUGUUCGUUUGGUUGAUAAGCCAUGACAGAAAGUAUUGUUCGCUGAUUCGUUGCGAGAGAAAAACACUGUUGAAUGACUAGUAGAUUCAGCUGAUAAGUUCAAGUGAAUGUCAUUACGAGCAACAAUUGAAGCAAA